AUGUUCUCUGCUGUCUCUUCUCUGUCUGUCCCGGUGUCGCCCUUGCCCCGGCAGACGACAGAUGACAUAGUAUCGUCGGCGGAGUGUUCCAGCGAUGACGAGGAUCUGGAGGAGUGUGAUUCCGGACACGCAGGAGGGGAGUUAGUCAUCCCCGUACUUGUAGAGGAUCCCAUAGACAUCCCUCCUGUCUCCACCCAUUCUCCUUUCAUCCCCCUCCCCCCAACCCUCCGCCCCGUCCUCACCAUUAUCGAGACCACAAAAGAGUCCCUGCCCAUGGCCACUGAGGCGGGGGUACCUUGCUUGUCGGACCGAGGCAGCGAUGAUUGUGAUGAUGGUCUUGAUGGUGGUGGUGGUGAUGAUGAUGAUGAUGAUGAUGAUGGAAUGGUGAUAUCGGGGUUUGGCUCUGGCGAAGCUUUCGACUCUAGCCUGCCCCCCACUGACGAUGAAGAUUUUUACACCACCUUCUCCCUGGUAACAGAUAAGAUCUUGACCACGUCGGCCUACGAAGGUGGCUACAAAGCUCUCGCGCCCAAGUGGGAGGCCAAGGACUUGAGGCCUAGUAAAGCCUCAGAGGCGGGUAGGACUACACCCACCCCGCCUCUACCCAACCUCGGGGGCACUGUAGCAGAGGCGUCCCUCCCAUCAGACGGCACGCUAGCCAAACUGCCUGCCGGGAAAAUGGACAACCGCGAAGUGAUCAAAGCCCUGCAGCCGGACAUAGUCCUGCUGCCUCUGCCCACUGUGUCCUUCGACCUGGAUGGCACCAAGCCUCGUGGGCCCCUCAUCACUUCACCCAUGCUGCGUACGGUGCCUGCCGUGUUACCCACCGCACCAGUCGUGAGGCGGGUGCCCCCGGGGGCGUCUGAGGUGAUACGAGAAUCCAGCAGCACAACGGGCAUGGUGGUUGGCAUCGUCUCGGCCGCGGCACUUUGCAUCCUCAUCCUCCUCUACGCCAUGUACAAGUACAGGAACAGGGACGAAGGCUCCUACCAGGUAGACGAGACACGGAAUUACAUCAGCAACUCAGCGCAGACCAACGGCACCGUGGUGAAAGACAAAGCACCCAGCGGGGGCAGUGGCGCCAAGGGAUCCAGCGGCAAGAGACCGAAAGACAAGGACAAAGAAUACUAUGUAUAAGGACAAAGAAUAUGCAUAAGGAAUACUAUAAAUCAACCAUUCCCAACAACAACAAAAAAUAACUGUUUGGAGAAAAUCUGAAUAAACACUUGACAGUACCAUAUUGGGAGCUGCAAUUUAAAACGGAAAACAAAUCCUCUCAUAAGAACUCUAAGUGAAUGAGUCCAAGUUGAACAUUUUUCCAAUGUACUGUGACCUAAAAGCACACUUACUAUGGUAAGCAUACAGAGAAACAGGCUGAUAGGCACCCUACUAUAAGAUACCUUGUGACGAGAUGACUGAGCUCUGCCUGGAGACGUUGCCAGAGGUUUGGCAGUGUAAGAUAUUUCGGUGUUACAUCGCUCCCAAGUGACUGUGAGAGAUUUGUGAUCCUUGGCGUAAACAACCUUGUCCAUUGUAACCCUGUAAAAUGACAAAACAAACAAGCAUCAUUCCGGCCAUUCUGAGCAUGUGAGAUGGAUGUGACGUGGUGCUGGCAUCUGUAUAAGUGAGGGACCUGAAGAUGAGUCGUUGAAGUUUGAAAGACAAAACAUAAUUAACAUACAAAUGGUACAUUUCCCUACCUAGUGUUGGAUGAGGUAUGUGUGUGGUGGCUAAGGUGUCUUAUUUUAAACCCACCUAUGUGUUCUGAGGGAUGAAACAUUGUCAGGGCUGACCAGGCUAUGCUCAACGAAUAGUAGUACAGCAAUGCAUUUCAAUUUAUUAUUUCGCUUUUUUCCCCC